AUGGAGUCACAAUUAUUCACUGAAUGUCAUUAUCAUCGUUUUUCUUCUGGAGGAAGAACGAAUAUAUAUGGGUUGGCAUUGUUUGAAAGUUCAAUGGAAAGCGGCCUUCCGGUCGACUCAGAAUUUCCAUCAAAUGUUUUAAAGUCCUUUCCACAAGAUAUUUCGCAUAAACCUCGAAGUCAAAAAAAAUCAAAAGCAAUAAAACAUCUAUUUGUAAGUUCAUUCUAUGGUAUAACAUGUUUCGUUUCUGCUAUGGGCUAUUGGAAUACUGUAGAACUUCCUUUAAAUCAAGACAUUGGAGAAAUAGUUUCAAUGGAUGUAUUUUCUUCCGAUCAAUCAAAUCUAAUUUUUGCAUUGUCAACGACUGAAGAUGAUGGUCAACACAACUUUACACUACGGAUUUAUUCGUUAGAUGAUGCAUCUAAAAUGUAUAUCGAAGAAGCAAUAUUUAGAAUUGCGGAACAAUGUCAAGUUAUUAGGAUUCCUUUUACACCAAUGCAACUUUUUCAUACCGGAAUAAAUAUUAAUGGAGAAUCGAAUACGUGUCUUCUUUUAUGCGGAAACGAUGGAGGCGUUCAUCUCUACUUAAGAAAUAAAUCUACAAAUAAAUGGGAAGAUGAAUCCGUUCGUUCUUAUUUUCCUUUGCUUACGUCAUUGUCUGAAUCAAGCUCAAGUAUAUUAUCUCUAGACAUCCGAGAAAUUGGAGAUUUAAAAAUAGUUGCAGCGGGAUGUCAAAAUGGAAGAUUAUACGUUUCAAUCAUGAAGUUUGAUACCUUAACUGGGGAUUUUGCCCCAAUUGAUGAACCAGCUUUUGUUGUGCUUUUUAGUCCAAUAACCUCUAUAUCAGUAUUCUCUUCAUCUUCAAGUAAAACUUUGAACCGUCCAGUAUACUUAAAAGAAUGUUCUCAGUAUGAUAGCGUUCUUUGCUCUAAUAUAAUGGAUGUUGAUUGGGACGGAAAGAAUGAAAUUCUUGUUGACAUUGAUGAUCAUAAUGUAUUGACUUUCAAAUUAAUAUGGCAAAGAUCAUUUAGUCAUCCAAUUUAUCAAAUUACAAAUUUAGAUUUAAAUCAAGAUGGUAUUGAGGAAUUAAUUGUGGCUACUCAACAUGGAAUUCAUAUAUUACAGCCAAACUUAGAAAAGGCAAAAACAGAAUUACUUCAAGUACUAAAAAACCUUGAGGAUUUAAAAAAAGAAUUGGAAGAACUAAAAGAACAAUCAUCAUAA